AUGAUUAAACAAGAACCACGCGAAGAAGGCGUGAAUAGUCAUCAAACCCCUUCUAGGGUGCCCCUGAGCAUAGCUGUCAAGCCUGGGCUGCCAGCUAUAGCUCCAAAGAAACCAAUCCAAGUGCUACCCAAACUGUAUCCCAUGAGUAAGACCGUGAGCACACAGAGCACAAAGGGCAGCAUUCAUGACGAGAAACAAAAAAUCAUGACAUCGAAACAGUGGGUUCUCCCGCCAAGGCCUAAACCCGGUAGGAAACCCACAGACGAAUCUUACAAGCAUAAGGAUCCUGUAAAAUCAGGCUGUAAUGCGAGUCGAGUGAAACGAAAUGGUGCUCUUAAAAAAAAGCAGCAGCAACACCACCACCAACAACAGCAGCAGUCACAACCACAAACAAAUCAGCAUAGAGACACUCGUUCUCAAACUCCUGAACUAGGAUUUGACGCCCGCAUCCAUUCUAAUAUCGACAUAAUCACGGACGAUAAGGCCGUAUUGCAUGCUCAACUACAUGAAGCAACACGAGAAAACGGAAACCUUAAAAAAGUCAUCGAUAAAUUAAACCAGGAGAUUUCUACCUUGAAGUUACUCAAACUAGAGUACCAAGCUUCGCCUCAUAAGAAGAAAAAAUGCAGCUCAGCAGCGUUGUCACGAUCAAGCUCUUCACCGCCGAUUACCCCAACAUCCACUGAAUCACAUUCAGUUUACACUUUUCUGGAUCCAAGUAGAUUCGACAUCCCUGUACUGACCGAUACAGGUUCUACUACGAUCGAUCCGGUCAAGAUAAGCUUUUUGGGACCAAGCUCAGACAGUGGAGGGGGCUCCAGCCGACACCCAGAGCCUCUCAUAGAAACGACCACGUUAGCAUCUGGCAAAUCCGAUUCGGGAGAGUCAGAAACCUCUCAAGUUUCAAUGACUUUACAAGAUUACGACUUGCAACUGCAGGCAGCGGACGAGUCUGUACUUCCCAGUGGAGGAUUAGGUUACGACGUCUACGACAUGAUGACAUGA